AUGUCCUGCUCCUUCUGGGACCUGGAUGUUCCAUCAGUGUUGGCUUCCACAGGAUCUGAAGUGACAGAGGUGUCCAUGAGGCUGAUAAAUGGCAGAAACAGAUGCGAAGGGCGCGUCGAAAUCUUCUAUAAGGGAAGCUGGGGGACCAUAUGUGAUGAUUUCUGGGACAUACAUGAUGCACAGGUCGUCUGCAGGCAGCUGGGAUGUGGAAAUGCUCUCUCUGCACUGGGAAAAGCACAUUUCAAUCCAGGGACAGGGGAUAUUUUCCUGGAUGAUGUGCAGUGUCAUGGAAAUGAAUCCUACCUGUGGGAAUGCUCUCACAGAGGAUGGGCCACACAUAACUGUGGGCACAGAGAAGAUGCUGGUGUGCGUUGCUCAGGUACAAGUGUAGCUCUGCGCCUGGAGAAUGGUGGCAAUCGAUGUGAGGGCCGUGUGGAAAUGUUUUACAAAGGACAGUGGGGAACAGUCUGUGAUGAUCGGUGGGAUAUCGACGAUGCUCGGGUUGUCUGCAGACAGCUGGGCUGUGGGCAGCCCAUCUCAGCACCAGGAGAUGCCCAUUUUGGGGAAGGCUCUGGGGUUAUUUUCCUGGAUGACGUGCAGUGCACAGGGAACGAAGCUUAUGUAUGGGAAUGCUCCCACAGUGGUUGGUCAAGACAUAACUGUGGCCACAGUGAAGAUGCCAGUGUUGUAUGCUCAGAAGAUGCGCCACAAUUGCGACUGGCAUCUGGCGAGGACAGAUGUGCUGGAAGGGUUGAAGUUUACCACAACAGCGAGUGGGGGACAGUCUGUGAUGAUUCCUUUGAUCUGAAAAGUGCCAGUGUUGCGUGCAGACAACUCAAAUGUGGCCAAGUUGUUUCUGUCCUGGGAUGGGCUUACUUUGGUCCUGGAGAAGGAAACAUCCUUCUGGAUGAUGUGAAGUGUGCAGGAACCGAAUCUCACAUUUGGGACUGCCCACAUGCCGGCUGGAACAAAAGUGACUGUGGACACAAUGAGGAUGUCAGUGUCAUCUGCUCAGAUGCAGGGCAGUCCACAAUUGCACCAACAGUAUCCACAGAGAAGACCCAAACUACAAUUUCAUCAACUACGUUGGCCACAGACAGCUCUGUAACACCUGCUACACAACUGGCGACUUCUGCAGCCUUUUCUGUUUGCUCAGGUUCCACCUUCACUACGGAGGAAGAUGGGGCACCAGAAACCCCCACCUUGCCACAGAAAGACUCUGAAAACUCAACAGAACCAACAUCACCCAUCCCCCUUGUAGAAGAGAGUGUGACUGCGACCUCAACUCCAGAAAUCCCUUCCACAGCUCCUGAAGCUUCCUCCUCUGCCCCCAGCACUGCAGCCACACAGCCAACAGCUGUUCCAGGGACCCUGACCACCCCUGUGGAAGAGCCAUCUUCUACAUCCACUGUUGUCACAGAGGGAAGUGCCACAUCAGCUACUGCAAUCCCAGGCACAACUUCUGAAGGUGUUCCAGCCCUGUCCCUGCGGCUCGCGGAUGGUGACAGCAGGUGCUCGGGCCGCGUGGAGCUCUACUACAACAGCAGCUGGGGAACAGUCUGUGAUGAUGCUUGGGAUCUGGGGGCUGCAGAGGUGGUGUGCCGGCAGCUGGGCUGUGGGGAGCCUCUGCUGGCAGUGCCUGAAGCACAGUUCGGCCAGGGCUCUGGGAACAUCCUCCUGGAUGAGGUGCAGUGCAGAGGGGAUGAGGGAAGCCUGUGGGACUGCUCUCACAGAGGGAUAGGUGUGCAUAACUGUCAGCCGAAGGAAGAUGCUGGAGUCAUUUGUGCAGAGCCUGUUACUCCCCCAGUUCCAACUGAGCCUGUCCCAGCUGAGCUGUCUCUGAGGCUGGUGGAUGGAGACAACGAGUGCUCAGGGCGCCUUGAAGUCUUCCACAACGGCAGCUGGGGAACCAUCUGCGACGAUGACUGGGACAUAAACAGUGCCAGGGUUGUGUGCAGGGAGCUGAGCUGCGGAGAUGCCGUCUCAGCCAAAAAAAGUGCCUUUUUUGGGGAAGGCACGGGAGAUAUCCUCAUGGAUGAUGUGAAAUGCACAGGGGAUGAGUCCUUCCUGGUGCAGUGCUCUCACAGGGAGCUGGGAACACACGACUGUUUGCACAAGGAAGAUGCUGGUGUUAUCUGCACAGGUCCUUUGGAUCUUACCACUCCUGAAACAACAGCCCCAAUUGAAUCCACCACAGCUGAAACGUCAGCAACCCCCGCGGGCAGCACCACAUCUGAAGCACCAGUAACCACCUCUCCCACUCCUGGACCAGCAGCCACUACCAGCUCACCUGCAGGCAGCACCACAUUUGAAGCACCAGGAGCCUCAACAACUCCAUCGGUCUCCUCGACUCUACCAGUCUCUUCAACUCCUGAAGACACAGAAAUCAGCACUUCUUCUCCAAAGCCAGUACCUAUAAACCAGGCAACCCUUACUUGUCUGCCUACUUACAUGCGGGCAAUCAUCAGGAGAUCCUACAUCAACUCCCGAGGGUACCUUGCAAGUGACAUCCACCUGAGGGACCCCAGGUGCAAGCCUAUGAUUAGCAGCUACCAUGUCAUGUUCCGCAUACCGUAUGAUGGCUGUGGCACACAGAGGCUGAUAUCACGUGGAGCCAUCACUUACUCCAACACAGUGGAAGGAUCCAUUUCUGGCAACUUCUACAGCAGAAAUAGAAAUUCACUGUUAAACUUCGCCUGCAAAAUAUACAACAACGCUGGUGCCCAAACAAUACCCAGCGUCAUACGGCCUCCAUACCAGGAAACUCCAUCUAGACAAUUCGUCGUCAAGUUUGCCUUUUAUGAUUCACCAUUUUUCACAAACGUAGUGAGGGCAGCUCCAUACUACGUAAUGCCGAGCCGGGAUUUGUUUGUUCGUGCCACCCUGUACAGCACACAGCCAAACCUGAUGCUGUUUGCAGACACCUGCGUGGUCUCUCCAAAUCCCCGUGACUUUGUGACCGUGGCAUCUGAUAUCAUACGAAAUGGGUGUGUCAGAGACCCAACCUAUAGGAGCUACUCGUCACCUGACAGGAGGAUUGUCCAGUUCCGAUUCAGAGCCCCCAGUUUUAUCACCAGAUACUCAUCAGUUUACCUGCAGUGCAAGAUGGCAGUGUGUGACAGAUAUGAUUAUUCCUCCCGCUGCAACCAGGGCUGCAUAGCCAGAGGCAAAAGAAGCACAAGAGAUGGCGAUGGAAAUGUCAUUAUUAUUGUCUCCAGACUACAGUAGCCCCAGUAACACUUCUUCUAAUCCUCAUAUCACGUUGAUCACUUAUAUAUGUGAUCAGCAGGUUGCACGCCUGCUAAUACAUCCUGCAGAUACAUCCUACGGGCCGUAAAUCUGAAGGUAUUUUAAUCUUAACUGUACUUGUGUACCUUAAUUUCAGAAUUUUGGAUCUAUAUUCCAGAUCUGUAAAAGCCUAAAUUUCAGUAAAAACUCAGUGAUAAACUGUAAUGGA